CGCGCAACGGUAACCUGAGACGCGCGUCCUCCGUCAGAGAGAACGAGAACUUUGAUGAUUUGACGGUGAAACCGAUGGAAACGUGGAGAUGAUGUUCUAGUCCUUGAUGGUGGAUUCGUCUUUCACCAUGUCCAGCUAUGUUGUCCUUGUGCUCGUCUCCUAACAGACUGCUGAUCCAUUUUCUUCUCAAAUACUUCUGCUAUAUACUACAGAUUUUGUGAUUGCGCGUGAAGAACAGUGAAGGAAACGGGGCGCAUUGUUUCAAUUUUCAUUUUUACAAAGGACUUCCAGGAUUCAUGAUGUCUGCAUCAUACCGCUCCUUAUUCCUUUUGCUGUUGAGUUUACUCUCGGCUGGGGCUCAGACCGAGAUGAAGCGGGUUGUCGGAGACAAUGCCACAUUGCCUUGUCAUCACCAGUUCUGGCAGUCAAAUGGACAAACACUGGACAUCGAAUGGCUCCUGCAGAAACCCAAUGUUAAACAACGUGUGAUCAUCACAUUCUUCAACAACGAGGUCUACACUAACGACAACCAUGCCAGUCGUCUGUCCUUUGCGGGCGACUACCUGAAUGGAGAUGCCUCUCUCCUGAUCAGUGAUCUGCAGCUGACCGACUCUGGAGAAUACCAUUGUAAGGUCAAGACUGGCGGCAAAUACCACUGGAGCCAAGUCAACCUCAUUGUGCUGGUGAAGCCGUCUAAACCUCGCUGCUGGAUGGAGGGCCGGCUUCUGGAGGGCAGUGAUGUGAAACUGAGCUGUAAGUCUUCAGACGGAUCCGACCCUAUUCACUACAAAUGGGAGAGAGUUCUGGAUAAGGGCAAGAGCGUGGGAAAACUGCCUACCCUCGCACUCAUCGAUCUGAAGAACCCAGAGAUCGUGACCUUGAGGAACUUGACGCAGGACAGCUCCGGGGUCUACAAGUGCACCGCCAGCAACGAUGUAGGAGAGGAGAACUGUAUCAUCGAGGUCACAAUGCAAUAUGUGCGGGGCAUGGGUGUGGUGGCUGGAGCCGUGGUUGGUGUUUUAUUCGGUGUUUUGAUCCUCAUUCUCAUCAUCUGGCUGGUCUUCCGCAAGAAAGAGAAGAAGAAAUAUGAGGAGGAGGAGACGCCUAAUGAGAUCAGAGAGGAUGCCGAAGCUCCUAAAGCCAAGCUGGUGAAGCCCAACUCCCUCUCCUCAUCUCGCUCUGGCAGCUCCCGCUCUGGUGCUUCCUCCACACAGUCUAUGGUGCACAACAGCGCACCCCGAGGCCAGCGUCCACGGCCACCUGCUGUCGCUGCCCUCAAGGAGAACGGACAGCCCCACGGGUUCCCCCAGUCUCCCCCGGCCUACACGCAGGUCGUUCCUAAAACCCCAGAACCCCCAGCCACCCCAAAAUUCAGACCCCCCAAUCCUCCAGUGGGCAUGUCCAUCCCGGCGGGCAUCAUGGUCCCUACUCAAAGCAAGGCCUUUCAGACAGUGUAGAGAGUAAAGGAACAAUACACCCACAGUGACUCUUCCAAAAGUUGCAACUACGAUUGGAAAAAUACAAUACACACAAAAAAAUAAAAGCAUAAUUAAAAAAUAAAAUCAAUCAUAUAAAAUCUAAAAAGUUGAAUGCAUAUUUACAAGGGAAAAUACACAGUGCUUGCACCUUUCUGAAGUAUUAAAAGAAAACAAGGCAAGAACUGAAGAACAAGAAUUUUUAUUCUCAUUCUUUGGUUCUUCCUCCUUCUUUUGAUCUCAUGGCACAGUCUGGCCCUUUUUUUUACAUUAUUUGUUUUGCUUACUCCUCUUGAGCUCUUGAAGGCUGGGUUGGCGGUGGGGUGUAAAGAUUUCCCCAAGAUCAGUUUAUUUAUUUAUUGCAUCAGAGAGGCUAAAGGUCCAAGGGCAGGCUGGGUUUAUGAAACAUGAUGGUGAGCGGAAGGACCAGCCGACUCUGAAGAGAAAUUAAGGAUAUUAUCCUGUUGUUUCUGU